AUGGAAUAUUUGCAAGAGUUCUUGUCUGCAAACUCUUUGAACCCUCUAAAUUUUGUUUCAUCCGGGGAGGGUGCUGCAAAUUCGUGGAUUAGGCCUCCAGAUGGGAUCUUUAAGAUUAACGUGGACGGUUCAUGGAAGAAAGACAUGGGGAAAGGAGGCUAUGGUAUUGUGGUUAGAGAUUAUAGAGGUCUUUUUGUUGCUGCUUCUAUGGGUUUUUCACAGUGGUGUGCAAGUUCAUUAGUUGCUGAAGCUUUGGCAAUUCGACAAGGUGUUCAUCUUGGCUUCCAACUUGGUUUGGGGUCUAUUUUCGUGGAAAGUGAUGCUCAAUUGCUGGUGAAGAUGCUCAAUGGCCAGAUCACAACCAAUCAAGAGGUGGAAAUGAUCAUUCAUGAUAUUCAAGCCUUAAGCAAAAAUUUCCAGUGCUGCAGCUUUUCUUUUGUUCGUAGGACUGGUAAUUCGGUUGCUCAUGUGUUGGCAAGUAAGGGUUUGAGUGGUUCGGGGUAUAGUCUUUGGACUGAAUCCCCACCGUUGUGGUUACUUGGUCCCCUUUCGAGGGACGGGUCUCCCGUCUGA